AUGAAGGUCCUCGUCCUAUUGGUCCUGGUGGCUGUCAGCUCCGUCUUCACACGACGUCUGGGCAUGCAGGAUGAUGCCUUGUUCUCACACCCACAUACCCAACCAGCAGACCCAGAGUCCAAGAUGUCCUUGCAGCCAGCAGACCCAGAGUCCAAGAUGUCCUUGCAGCCAGCAGACCCAGAGUCCAAGAUGUCCUUGCAGCCAGCAGACCCAGAGUCCAAGAUGUCCUUGCAGCCAGCAGACCCAGAGUCCAAGAUGUCCUUGCAGCCAGCAGACCCAGAGCCCCACGUGCUGUCGCACCCAGCAGACCCAGAGCCCCACGUGCUGUCGCACCCAGCAGACCCAGAGCCCCACGUGCUGUCGCAGCCAGCAGACCCAGAGCCCAACAUGUCGCAACUCUUCCCAGAACUCAUCAAAUCAACGGAACACGCAGUCGGAGAGUUAUUUAAGUCUGAAUCAUUUACCAAGAAAGUCAUUCGCUUCGGAAGGAAAAUCUUGUGGGACAUUCUUCAAGAUGCGAGGUCCUCAGUCCCCAAAACUGAACUCUAA